AGAGCCGGGAGGAGGCUUAGACCAGCGUAGUGGCCCUGUAGGUGGUGGUGAGAUUUCAGAUUUGGAAGGAGGAAUCUACACGAGUUGCCAAUGGAUGGGACGCAGAGUUUGAGAGAAAGGGAACGAUCCAGAUGACUCCGAGGGUCUUGGGCCUGAGCAGCUGGGAGGAUGCAACUGGGAAAGACGGCGGGGAGGCGGGGAGCAGAAGCUGGUGAGGUGGGGAAGUUCUGCUUGGACAAGGUCAAGUUAAGGUGCGUAUUAGGCAUCCGAACGUCAAGUCCGGGAAGGGUGUGUUUCAGAGAGGGUCCCGGUUGGAUCCUCCCAGUUCGUCUUCCCCAUUCCACAGGUGUGGACUCAGCAGCCGAUCUCUGCGCUGGGCCGGGCGGGGUCACGUGGCCGCGGGCUGGCGCCCCCUGGCGCGGGAGAGCGCGGGCGGCUGGGGAAUGGCUGCUGCCGGGGUGCGGGGGCGCAGCAAGAGUGGGGAGCUGGGGGAGUCUGGCCGCCCGGCCCUGUACUUCUGCGGGAGCAUUCGCGGCGGACGCGAGGACAGGACGCUGUACGAGCGGAUCGUGUCUCGGCUGCGGCGAUUCGGGACAGUGCUCACCGAGCACGUGGCGGCCGCCGAGCUGGGCGCGCGCGGGGAAGAGGCUGCUGGGGGUGACAGGCUCAUCCAUGAGCGGGACCUGGCGUGGCUGCAGGAGGCAGAUGUGGUCGUGGCAGAAGUGACACAGCCAUCCCUGGGUGUAGGCUAUGAGCUGGGCCGGGCUGUGGCCUUCAACAAGCGGAUCCUAUGCCUGUUCCGCCCGCAGUCUGGCCGCGUGCUUUCGGCCAUGAUCCGGGGAGCAGCAGAUGGCUCUCGGUUCCAGGUGUGGGACUAUGAGGAGGGAGAGGUGGAGGCGCUGCUGGAUCGAUACUUCGAGGCUGAUCCUCCAGGGCAGGUGGCUGCCUCCCCUAACCCACCCACUUGACUUAAUCUCACUUUCUUAAAUUCUUCUGUUCUCAGACACUUCCUUCCUCUUAGCCCCAGGAGCAAAUUAAAAGGUACAGUUAAAAUCCUAA